AUGAGCAAUUUGGAUGGUUUUAUAACUUCCAGCGACCACGCGGCAGAUAUGGACACUAGCGUCCCAUUGAAAAGUGAAGGUUUGACGAGAAAGUCGACCGCAGAAGAGCCCUGCCCUGAAGUUGUAACGAUUAACUCACCAAACGGUUCCAAUAAGCUCGUAAAGGUUCGCCCCCAGGCGAGUGUUUCGAGUCCUAGCCAGCAGGAGCAUCCGCUUAGAGAUACACCAACGCGUUCACCACCAAGCUCAAAGUUCGGACGCUCCGCGACUCUGAAGCGGGUCUCUCUCAUACAACCGAUGAUAACUCCAGAUUCUACACCACACGAGCACAGAAACCAACAGCAGAGACAUUUGACCAGAACAAGGUCCAGAAGUACUGUUUCCGCUCAUUCAAGAAGCAGUAGCUCUGCGUCAGACAGAGUUUACGAGCCGAGCACAGACGUGAACUCCAUGUUGCAGUUGCUGGCCAACAAGGAACUUGAACUUCUAGAGACAAAACGCAAAAUCGAGGAGCUGAGGAAGAACCUAGGACAAGAGGAAAAUCACUUGCAAGUGCAGUUACAGGAGUUACAAACUUUAAAAACGCAGGUGGGAAAAACGCUGAAUAGCGGAAUGGAUGAUCACAAAAUGGACAGGAAUCCCCAGACAGCACAAACGGGCCCCGUUCGCACGGAAAUUGCAGAUGAUAGCUCUCAGGAUUUAAAAAGUAGUACUCCGACGAAAGCUGGAUCUGUAUGGUCGAAACCCCUGACUUUGUUUAGUCAAAUCGACCAGUUCAUCCAGCAUGAAAUGGAAAAGAAACUCAAGUGGGAUGACGAGGGUGACGGCCACGAGCCGCGAGGAAGCAAAGAACAUACAAGGCCUGCUAUCCACCACCAGCCACCGGAAGAUGUGUUGGGAAAUAUGUCAUCCUCAUUGUGGAACUUCGUAAGUGAUGUGAAAACAGGAUUGAGAGGCAUUAGUGAGGAACCCCAGGAACAGGUCGACUCUCAAACGCAGCCGGGAGAAAGCCGGAGAGAAGUGAACCGCUUGAAUUUCGUUGCUAAGGAAGUCGAGUUAGAGGACAUGAAGGAUACAAAUAAACAGGUGUAG